AUGUUGGCGCUUAACACAUUGCCUUUCCUGAAGCCCGUUCAACUGAGGUCCCCCCAAAGCUCGCCCGGGGGCCAGCGCCGCCACACGCUGCCCGCCAGCGAGUUUCGCUGCCUCAGCCCCGAGGACGCCGUCAGCGUGUUCGAGAUCGAGCGGGAAGCCUUUAUAUCCGUCUCUGGGGACUGUCCCCUCCACCUGGAUGAGAUCCGUCACUUUCUGAACCUGUGCCCGGAGCUCUCCCUCGGCUGGUUUGAAGAAGGGCGGCUCGUGGCAUUCAUCAUCGGCUCCCUCUGGGACCAGGACAGGCUCAGCCAGGCAGCGCUGACCCUGCACCAGCCGCGGGGCACAGCAGUGCACAUCCACGUGCUGGCCGUGCACCGCACCUUCCGGCAGCAGGGCAAGGGCUCCAUCCUCAUGUGGCGGUACCUGCAGUACCUGCGGUGCCUGCCUUUCGCCCGGCGCGCCCUGCUCAUGUGCGAAGAUUUCCUCGUGCCCUUCUACCAGAAGUGCGGUUUCAAGGCGGUGGGUCCCUGCGAGGUGACAGUGGGGGAGCUGGCCUUCAUCGAGAUGCAGCAUCCCGUCCGGGGACAUGCCUUCAUGCGCAGGAACAGUGGCUGCUGA